AUGGUAUCAUCAACAUUGUUGUUGACAUUGUUGAUAACAUUGUUGACUGUUAGCAAUAAUGUUUGGUUGACAUGUGCACAUCCAUAUGCUAUCGGUGUGCCAGUUGACUAUGACGGUUGGAAUCUAUACUGGGAGGAUGAGUUCAAUGCCACUCACAUUGAUACCAAUGUAUGGACACUCACCAACUACACCCCUGGUGAUGCCCAACUUCAAUUCUACACACCAGAGAACUGUUUCAUCGAAGAUGGUAAACUUGUUCUAUUAAGUAACUAUAGCAAGUUAUAUGGAUUCAACUACACGUCAUGCCGCAUGGAUACAUCUGGCAGUCUCAAUGUGGUCUAUGGUCGUUUCGAAGCUUUGAUGCAACUUCCCCUUGGAAAGGGUUAUUGGCCAGCAUUCUGGUUAUACUCAUUGGAGUCUACAUGUGAUUUCUAUCGCGAGAUUGAUAUCAUGGAGAACACUGGAGAUGAUAAGAUCAUUUGGGGAACAUACCAUGAGACCAACAACUGUUCAAACAUGGGUAGUGUCUAUAACACUACUGAUGUGUCCACACUCAACACUGAGUUCCAUCUUUACAGUGUAAUUUGGGAUGUUGAUCUGAUUGUAUUCAUGGUUGAUAAUAUUCCAUACAAUAUCCUUGAUUUGAAGAAUAAUCCAACAACUAGAUUCCCCAAUGAUGUAACAUUCUACAUGAUACUCAACACUGCCAUCGGUGGAGGAUGGCCAGGUGAUCCCGACAAGAAUUCAGUAUUCCCUCAGAAGAACAUCGUCGAGUAUGUCAAGAUCUGGAAGCAACAACAAUAA